UUUCCCACAAAACCUUCCCCAACAAACAAAAAUUAGAGAGAGGAGAGAGAGGGCACCGGGUGACGUGGAAGAUCCGUGUGGCCCAGCGCUAAGGAGAAGCAGAGGAAAGCAAAGCAAAAUUACAGUGGAGAUCAGUUCAUUAUUUGAUCUCUCAUCUCUCUCUUGUGUGCGUGUGGUUUUUGACACUGUUUCACACAACAAUUACACAAACACACAACCACAGACUCUGAGAUUGAGAGAGAGAGAAGAGAGAGAGAAUGGGAGAGUGCUGUCCUCCGAUGGAUCUGUUCAGGUCGGAGCCUAUGCAGCUCGUCCAGAUCAUCAUCCCCAUCGAGUCUGCUCACCUCACUGUCUCUUAUCUCGGUGACCUCGGCCUCCUCCAGUUCAAAGACCUCAAUGCAGAGAAGAGCCCGUUUCAGAGGACUUAUGCUGCCCAGAUUAAAAGAUCUGCAGAGAUGGCUCGCAAAUUACGUUUCUUCAAGGACCAAAUGUUAAAGGCAAAUUUGCCUUCUUCAAAGUCUAAAAGACAAGUUGACGUCAAUGUGGACAACCUAGAGGUAAAACUUGGUGAAUUUGAGGCAGAGCUGAUUGAAAUAAAUUCGAACAGUGAAAAGUUGCAGCGUUCAUAUAAUGAACUGAUAGAAUAUAAGCUUGUUCUGGAAAAGGCUGGUGAAUUUUUUCACUCAGCUCAAAGCAGUGCCGCGUUGCAGCAAAGAGAAAAUGAAUCCCGUCAUAUUGGUGAUGAAUCUCUGGACACGCCUUUAUUACUGGAGCAAGAAGCAUCAACUGAUCCAUCAAAGCAAGUUAAGUUGGGGUUUCUCACUGGACUUGUUCCUAGGGGAAAGUCUUUGGCAUUUGAGAGGAUUCUUUUUCGAGCUACUAGGGGUAAUGUCUUUCUGAGGCAGGCUGUGGUUGAAAAUCCUGUCACCGAUCCUGUUUCAGGAGAGAAGGUUGAGAAAAAUGUUUUUGUGGUAUUCUACUCUGGAGAAAGAGCAAAGAACAAAAUUCUUAAAAUAUGUGAAGCUUUUGGAGCCAAUCGUUACUCUUUUCCUGAGGAUCUGGGUAGACAAGCUCAAAUGAUUACUGAGGUUUCAGGAAGAAUUUCAGAGCUAAAGACUACUAUAGAUAUCGGACUGUUGCACCAGGGAAGUUUGUUACAGAAUAUUGGGGAGCAUUUUGAGCAUUGGAACCUUUUGGUGAGGAAGGAGAAAUCCAUAUACCAUCAUCUUAACAUGCUUAGCCUUGAUGUAACAAAAAAGUGUCUUGUGGCUGAGGGGUGGAGUCCUAUUUUUGCAUCAAAACAGAUCCAGGAUGCAUUGCAGCGGGCAGCGUUUGACUCCAACUCACAAGUUGGCGCUAUUUUCCAGGUUUUGCACACACAGGAGGCACCACCUACCUAUUUCCGCACAAACAAAUUCACUUCUUCUUUUCAAGAAAUUGUUGAGGCAUAUGGGGUAGCUAAGUAUCAAGAAGCAAAUCCUGCUGUAUAUACUAUCGUGACAUUCCCAUUUCUUUUUGCUGUCAUGUUUGGUGAUUGGGGACAUGGAAUAUGUUUGUUACUUGCGACACUAUAUUUAAUAGGCAGGGAAAAGAAACUUUCUAGUCAGAAGCUUGGAGACAUCAUGGAGAUGGCCUUUGGUGGCCGUUAUGUUAUUUUGUUGAUGGCAAUUUUCUCAAUCUACACAGGUUUAAUCUAUAAUGAGUUCUUCUCUGUACCAUUUGAACUGUUUGGCAGCUCAGCAUAUGCGUGCCGUGAUCUUUCUUGCAGAGACGCUACUACAGCUGGCUUGAUUAAGGUGCGUCCCACUUACCCAUUUGGCCUGGAUCCUGUAUGGCAUGGAUCCCGCAGUGAGCUUCCAUUUCUAAACUCAUUGAAGAUGAAAAUGUCAAUUCUUCUUGGGGUGGUCCAAAUGAACCUUGGAAUUAUAAUAAGUUUUUUCAACGCCAGGUUCUUUCGAAGUGGAGUCAACGUUUGGUUCCAGUUUAUACCCCAGAUUAUAUUUUUAAACAGUCUAUUUGGCUACCUGUCCGUUCUCAUUGUUAUGAAGUGGUGGACUGGUUCAAAAGCUGAUCUAUACCAUGUAAUGAUAUACAUGUUCCUAAGUCCUACAGACGAGCUAGGUGAAAACCAGCUUUUCAGUGGUCAGAGAACAGUUCAGCUUGUGCUAUUACUAUUGGCUUUUGUUUCUGUACCAUGGAUGCUGUUUCCAAAGCCCUUUAUAUUGAAGAAGCAACAUCAAGAUCGGCACCAGGGCCAAUCCUAUGCCCUACUUGAGAACACAGAAGAGAGCUUGCAAGUGAAUUCAAACCAUGAUGCCCAUGGUCAUGGCGAGUUUGAAUUUAGUGAAGUUUUCGUGCAUCAAAUGAUACACACAAUAGAAUUUGUACUUGGAGCAGUCUCAAAUACAGCUUCAUACCUUCGUCUAUGGGCUCUAAGUCUUGCUCAUUCAGAGUUGUCCAGUGUGUUCUAUGACAAGGUUCUCCUGCUGGCUUGGGGGUUCAACAACGUGAUCAUACUCAUAGUGGGUAUUAUCGUCUUCAUUUGCGCAACUGUCGGUGUUUUACUGCUGAUGGAAACUCUCAGUGCUUUCCUUCAUGCUUUGCGACUUCACUGGGUGGAAUUCCAGAACAAGUUUUAUGAGGGAGAUGGUUACAAGUUCUAUCCGUUCUCAUUCGCAUUGCUUGACGACGAAGAUGAGUGAUGCCCUAAAAUGAAGUCCUAGGCACUGUUUAGGCCGUGGAGUUGAGUGUGAAUAGGUAAGAACCCAAGUUGAUUCUUUCAUUUGGACAAAUAGAAGAAGGCAAUUGUGUUGCACCUUGUAUGGGGAGGGGGGGAAAGUUAUCGGUUGGUUUUCGAAUUGAGCAUCGCCCCUUUUAGCAUGUUUAUUUAUCAUUUGUUAUUGGGAGGAAUAAGCGAGUUUUUAGGGCCAGCAUCAUCUUAAUAUGUAGUGGCAAUUGUGGCCGUGUGUAAUAAUGACGAUAUCUAAUCAUCUUUCUAUUUAUAUAGUAUUAAGGAAAACCAAAACUUCAAAAAUUUA